GGGGAGGGCUCUGGGCCCCGGCGGGCACCGUGCCUGUGUGCGAAUGGAGGCGGGCGUGUCCACGUGGGGGUGCUCAGGGUACUAGGCACGGGUGGGGUGUGUGCAGGGACGGGGUUUCCACACUGCCAUGUGCGUGGCAUCACAGCCACCCCGGCCGGGCGCUCGCUAGGAGCUGAACAUCGCGCUGGACACUGACGGGAGCGAGACAGAGGUGGCCGCAGCUCCCCAGCCCGUAGCGUCUUUCCGGGCGGAAGACAGCCACUGCCCAGAAUCGAAGCUCCCUAAGGUCAGAGACCUGCAGGGGGGUCGGCCAAGCACCACGGAUGAGCAGGCGCUCGGGGACUGCCGAGGGAACGAGGGCGCCAAGGACAGAAGGAACUUGCUGGUGGUGCUGCCAGGCCUGGAGGCGUCCGAGCCACCCCCUGCAGUCACCGAGGAGGCCCGACACCGGGAGGGGCCCUUGGCUCAGCGUCCGGCUGUGGGGAGCCUUCGGCGGUUCUGAUCGGCCCGCAGGAAGGCUCCGGAAGAGAUCGUGGCUGUCCCCUGUGGGGUUCAUGGGCAACAGCAGGGGCUCCCCGGAGCGGCCGGGCCCGCCAUGCUGCAGUGCAGGCCGGCCCAGGAGUUCAGCUUCGGCCCGCGGGCCCUGAAGGAGGCGCUGGUGUCCAGCGACCCCACCCUGCGGCGUCUCUACGCGUCUGCCUUCACCCCUGCGGAGAGGCUGUUCCUGGCCGAGGCCUACAACCCCCAGAGGACCCUCUUCUGCACGCUGCUCAUCCACACGGCCUUCGACUGGCUCCUCAGCCGUCCCGAGGCCCCCGAGGACUUCCAGACCUUCCACGCCUCCCUGCCGCCCCGGAGGCAGAGCCCUGCCCGGAAGCACAUCUACCUGCAGCCCAUCGAUCUGAGCGAGGGCCCGGCGGGUGGCGCUCUGCUGGAGUACCUGCGCGACUGCACGGAGGCCUUCUUCCUGGGCUUGCAGGUCCGGUGCCUGCCCUCGGUGGCGGCCGCGUCCAUACACUGCUCCUCACGUCCCAGCCAGGACUCCGACAGGCUCCAGCUCCACACGGACGGGAUCCUGUCUUUCCUGAAGAGCAGCAAGCCGGGCGACGCGCUGUGCGUGCUGGGCCUCACGCUGUCUGACCUGUACCCCUGCGAGGCCUGGAGCUUCACGUUCGGCAAGUUCCUGCCAGGGCACGGUCACCUGCCACGAGCUCUGUCACCUGCUGGGCCUGGGGAGCUGCCGCUGGCUGGGCUGCAUCAUGCAGGGGGCGCUCAGCCUGGAGGAGGCCCUGCGGCGGCCCCUGGACCUCUGUCCCAUAUGUCUGCGGAAGCUGCAGCACGUCCUGGGCUUCAAGCUCAUCGACAGGUACAAGAGACUUUACGCCUGGACUCGAGCCGGGUCGCGGCCCGACGCGGAUGCAGGGGCGCCGUCCGCCUCGGAGGAGACUCCGCCCUGCAGCGCCGACUCGGGCCUGAGCUGCGACAGCGGGUCGGAGCCCCUGACCCCCGACACGUGGAGCCACACCUUCUCCGCGGGCCCCGAGCCGGAGCCCGAGGAGGGGCUGGGCUCCCCGGCCGCCCCGGACAGCCCGGCUGGGUGCGGCCCCGCCGUGGACGCCAUCAGGGAGCACGGACGGUGGCUGGAGCGCUGCAUCCGGGCCCUGGAGCGGGAGGUGACGGAGGAGGAGCUGGCGCAGGUGGAUGGCGCCGUGGAGGCCCUGGCGGGGUGGGAGAUGUUCACGGGGCGGCUCCCGGCCCCCAGGCAGGACCCGCCCUGCGGCCGAGACGGCUCGGGGCUGCGCCGGGUCCUGGGCGACACGUUCUCCUCCCUGAGGAGGAAGCUGAGCGCGCGCAAGCUGUCCAAGGCGGGCUCGUCCCCCGGCCGCUGGCGGGAGGAGGGGAAUUAGACGGGGGCCCACCGCCCGGCGCUGGCGCCCGGAGGGGAACAUCGCGUGGGGCCCCGCGUCCUGCCCCCUCACCCCGGCCCCUGCGGAGGGUCCUCGGGCCCAGCCUGGAUGGCGGCUUCCUGGGCCUGGGGCCCAACCCGUGUGCCCAUCUCCACCCCCAGAGCGGGGCCUUCUCACACUCACGGCUUUCCUGUCCUCAGGCCUUCACGCUGUGUCCCCGACACCACCUCUGCCUGCUGUCACCCUUGGUGUUCUGACAAAAGGGGCCUGUGGCGUUGACAACUCGUUCUAACAAGUGUUGAGGCCGUGGGGGGCCGGCUGCCCCGGGGGGUCAACUGUCCCCGUUUACUUCUGUCAAACUUUGCUUCCCGCAUCUGAAAUCCUUCCGUGUGCUCCCAUGUCUGCCGGCACCGGCUUCACUAGCAGGGGGCCCCUGGGCCUGCGGCGAGAGAAACCUCUGGUUGCAACAGCCGAGGAGCAUGGUCACCUGGAAGGAGGCAAGCAAGGGGGUGGCUCUGAAACGUGGGGGGCUAACAAAAACCGUGUAAAAUACGAAACACAAUGCAGGUUGCAGAGUAUUCGCCCCCCCCCCCCCCCGCCCUGCCCCAAGCAAACAGGGUGGAAGGUUCCUUGUAAUUGGGCACCAGGCUAGGCUGUGGGAUCCCAGACCCCAAAAGGCCCAGCAUAGAUAUGGCCCCAGGACUUGGUUGUGGCUUCUGGGAGGCAUCGCUGGGACCUGGAGGGAACUGAUGGAAAGCGGGGAGAAGAUGAACAGCCAGGUGGGCAGAAGGGGGGCCCAGGACCUGAGGGAGACCCAGGACCUGAGGGAGACCAGUCCGGGGCUGUCGCUGUGAGCAUGCACCCCCCCACCCCCCAACUUUAGUGCCUUAAAGCCCCAACCCUGUGCUUUGAGCUCAGGACUUUGCAGUGGGGACAGAGCCUGGGGGAAGGCAGGUCCCUGGGCCUGGCUGCGGGGUCUGCCGGGAGGCCCCCAGAGCAUCACCCUCACUGUACCCCAGCUCCUGGGUCCUACCUUUGAAGGGUGGUGGCAAGGUCCGGAAGACCAUGGGGGAUGGGAUCACCUCCUCCGCGUAUGACCUAGCUUCCCGGUCCCUUCCGUCUUCUGCCAAAGGUCUGUCUCCAGACCGAUGGACUCGGGGAGCUGGGGGCCUCAGGGGCUCAGCAUGUGCCAUGGGGGUGACGGCUGCGGGCGGGAACGUGGGGAGAAUAAAACUUGGAGGCACCGAGACCAGAGGUCCUUCCUACAUCAAGUACCACUGCAGCGGGGGGUGGAGAGCGGUUGGAGACGGUCCCCAGGGGAGGCGGCUCCGGCGGAGGUCGUAAUGAACGCCAUCUGCUCGGGCAGAGUCGCGGGUCACGAGCCCUGGCGCGGCCGAGCACCUCACCCGAGCUGACCCGCAGGAGCUACACACCAGGCUUCUGAGAAGCCAGGGCCUGGGCUGCUUUUUGUUUUUGUUUUUUUAAAAUAAACACACCAAGUGGACUGUACUGCCUGGAAGGUCCGUAUCAGUCUCAGGUCCCCGUGAGUCCCCAACAUCCCUGCGGGCCCAGGCCAAGAGCGAGAAGGGAGCUAAAAAUACUCUGGGGUCACGACAUCAUCUGCAUUGCGGUUCCUGUGUGAGACGGGGCCAGGAACGCUGCCCGCACCUUCCGAAGCAGCAUUAACACAUCAAAACUGUUCUAAUGAAGCUGGAGGAAAGGCCUGGCCGUUUCUGGGCCCCUCCGCCCGAGCGCCUGCCACCCACACGCUGCCAGGGUCCGAGAGAGGGCUUGGGGGCCUGUUCGUAGGUUCUCCUGGGACGGCUGGUUCAGACCUUUCUGGGAAGAACAAAAUUUCCAGAAGGGCUUAAAAAUAACCCCCCAAACAUGCCAUGGCUCAGCCAAGCAGCCUAAUGUUAAAGCUGAGUCCAAAUUUAGAUCCCAUCAAGUUCAAGAGAGGCCACACCCUUCCAGGGGUGCGUGCGCCCACAUCCAAGGUCCGAGCAUAGAGCCCCGACAGGCAGUGGGGGGGUGGGGUCGGCUGGAGUCAAAUCCACCUGGGAAAGGACCCGCCAACCUUCCUACAAAUAAACUGUGCAAUCGAAUGAGUCCUCCCAAGCCCCAGGGACUUUCUUACCUCCAUCCUCCUCGAUAACCCUGGCAAGAAUGCUGCCCUCCUCCGGAGACCUGGGCUUGGGGUCGGCCGGAGACUGCAAGGCUGCAGACCUGUAUUCUGGCUCUUUCUUAGGAGCACACAGGUGAGUCCGAGGAGCAGGGUGGGGGGCAGCAGCCGCAGCACAUUGGGCUGACUCCCUGCAGGUCUGGGCAGCCGCCUGGGUGGGUGACCAACACCCUGGGGUGAGUCGUCCCCAGCUGAACGGGAGCGUCCCUGGGAAAGCCAGGAGGCCUCACCAAGCAGCUCCCAAACUGGAGCUGGAAACCCUUCCGGGCCGGGCCUCAGAGGUCACCUCUGCCAGGAGAGGCCCAACCAAGCCCGGAGACUCCUGAUCACGGUGAGGCGGCUACACAGGUACAGGGAACUGGAUUCAAGGACGCCCAGGGAAAGCGCAAACUUCCAGCCCUCAGAGACCCCGGCAGAGAAGGCGGACCCUCAGGGUCAGCUGGAGCACAGCUCACGCAGCCACCCGGUCCCAGCACAGCACGCAGCACCCUGAUGCAGGAGGAGCCGGGAUGACCCAGGUUUAGGUUUGAACUCGCUAGUGGCUACAGACGCAAAGGGAAACAAACCUGUCAGGGCUCUGUUUAAAAAAGCAAUUUCCAAGAAAGGUCCUGGGGUCACUAGCGUUCCGUCCAAUCCCAGCUAUCCCGCCUGGUCAUGACCAGGGCAACCCUCGACUCGCACGGCCGGGGCCACGUGCCUGCCACGGGCAUGGUCCCGGGGGGAUCCGUGACCCCGCCUCUGCUGGGACUCCGGGCACCCACCAAAUUCCCUGGAAACAUCAUCGGCCGGGUUCCACGUCAGGACUCCACGGGGCUGCUGCCCACGCAUCUCCGUCGGGACCCUUUUGUGGCCGUGCGUCACCUGUCCCCGGGGGCUCCUGCCACGCUGACUGCUCCUGCUUCGCGGGCGCUGUCCCCUCCCUCCGGCCACUUCCUCGGCUGGCCACGGCACACACGGCUUCCUCCCAGGUGCCCGGGACACGCUUCAUGGCACUGCUCCCCCAUGUCUGUGAGUCCGGGUAAGGGGUGUCUCACUGGCCCGAGGUCAGCGGGGCCGGCCACGGAGCUGCGCGUUGCUCACCAGCUCGAAGCCGCCGCAGCACAAGCGGGCACACGCUCACCGGCCGCCACAGCUGGCCGACAAAGCAGAGGGCUCCCGGGGCGCUUGAUUCCGUCUGAGGCCGACGUCACUUUGAUUUCCCACCUUCAGACUUGCAGCAACAGAAGCUGACCUCCUGGUUCUCGCCACACCGGGUCAGAGUGAGAGAGCUGUCAGCUGGACUGUUCGUGACCUUUCCUCGUGGACACGGCCUCCCACCGGGGGCCCGUCGGUGGGCCUGCUGCCUUCGUCCCUCGGCCCGCCCGUGGGGACGCUCCUGGGAGCUGCAUGUGACAGGCGAGUCACGGAAGCCGGGGGGCCAGAGCUGGGACGCACGGGGUCGUAGGAGGAGAGCGAGAGCACCGUGUGGGGUCCUGAGCCUGCAGAAAGGAGGCGCCUAAUGUCAAAGGCAGGAACACACCAUCCUCCGUCCACUUGGCCUAAGUGUGCAAGCAGGAAAAAUACAGGGAGGGACACACGGGCCUCAGCCACGUUCUACCUACAUCCCUUGGGAGUGACCUGGGUGCUCCCCCCGAACACCCCACUGGAGACACUUCACCGAAGGUGGGACGGUGGCAUCCUGGCUGGCACGCGGCAGCCCUAGCGGGACGGGAGGCGGAGGCCCCACAGCGCUACCUCUCGUUCACUCUGCCCUCGGGCCUGCCCUCCCCUGCUCCGGCUUCUCCCUGCAGGGCUCGGGAGGUGGAGCUCUGUCGUCUGGCACCAGCUUGUCAUGGGUCCCGAGCCCUGCAGCCCAUGGCCCCGUCCCCAGGAGCCCUCUCUCAAUGGCACCAAAUUCGUCCAGAUUACAUCCGCUCCAGUCACAACCAGAUUAAACUGCUUGAUGGGCACUGUAUUUUUUUUUUUAAAGAUUUUGUAUUUAAGCAGUCUCCUUGCCCAGCGUGGGCCUGGAACUCCCAACCCCCAAGAGUGGUGUUCUCGACUAAGCCAGCCAGGUGCCAUCAUUCCUAUUUUUAAAAGCCCCGAAGCCAAGGGGAAACAUACAACCUGAACGUAGGUAUCUCUGUGCCGAGGCUCCGGACAACUGUGCCAUGCGGGGAAACUUCCAUGUAGUUCAAAUUUUCUGAACCACUUCUGUGUGACAUUAUCGUUCUCAAAUAAAUAAAUGCUGUCAACCUGAA